CGAUGGGUUUGUUUGGGUUUAAAGAGCUGGCUGUUGGUCGGGAAAUGGGACGCAUUGAAAAUAUGAAAACAUUACAGUGUCAGUGUUAAAUAUGCAUUAUCUCAGGGAACGCACAAGACCAAUACAGGACUUCAAUCCUGCACCACUGUCGGGAUUGGUUUAACCUCCUUCAUGAGGGACAGGAUCAGACAAUUGGGCGAUCCUUCAGGCUCAGAAAACAGCUAUGGAGUUCCGCUUCGGAAAUGUGAUUUUCAGCUCCAAAUUCGACUCGGGUAAUUUGGCACGGGUUGAGAAAGUGAGCACUGAGCCAGAGGUGGAAUCUCAAUUACCGGGGACCGGGAUAGCCAUAUCGGGACUCCUGGCUGGGGGGGCUUCUAACCCGGACUAUGAGUUCAACGUUUGGACUAAACCCGAUUGCGCAGACACGGAGUUCGAAAAUGGGAACAGGUCCUGGUUCUAUUUCAGUGUCCGUGGCGCAGUCCCGGGAAAGGUUAUUAAAAUCAAUGUGAUGAACAUGAACAAGCAAAGCAAGCUGUACUCGCAGGGCAUGGCGCCGUUCGUGAAGACGUUGCCCGUGAAGACCCGCUGGGAGAGGUUGCGCGACAGACCAACCUUUGAGGUGCGUUGCCAUGGCGGCAGAUCAGCUGGGUAUAGCGCUUACGCAACCCGAGAUGGCUGCCGUUUUAAAUCUCAGAUGGUAGAGAACCAGUUCAUUCUGUCUUUCCAUCACCGCUUUCUGGAAGCUCGUGGGACCACGACGUACUUCGCCUUCUGCUACCCGUUUUCCUACACCGAAUCCCAAGACAUGUUACAGCAGCUGGAUCAGAAGUUUGUCAACUUUAUGCACCUUAGUCCCAGCAGUCCCCUAGACUCUGUGUACUACCACCGGGAGGCGCUGUGCCUGUCUCUGGAGGGCCGCCGUGUCGACCUCAUCACCAUCACCUCCUGCCAUGGGAUGAUGGAGGAGAGGGAGCCUCGGCUCGACAAGCUGUUUCCAGAGAGCCACAACCCCCGGCCUCACCGAUUCGCCGGGAAAAGGGUGUUCUUCCUGAGCAGCAGGGUCCACCCGGGCGAGACUCCCUCCAGCUUCGUCUUCAACGGCUUCCUCAACUUCAUCGCGAAGCAGGAAGACCCGCGUGCCCAGAUGCUGCGCAGGAUGUUCGUAUUCAAGCUCAUCCCCAUGCUCAACCCGGACGGGGUGGUCCGGGGACACUACAGAACGGACUCUAGAGGGGUCAACCUCAACCGCCAGUACCUUAACCCCAGCUGGGAGCUCCACCCCUCUAUAUACGGUGCCAAAGCUGUGAUCCUGUACCACCACCUGCACAACCGCGUGGGGCCGGACGGUCCGGACUGGAGGACUUUUGCCUCACCCCUGUCCUCGAACCCGCUAAGCACAAGAUCUUCCAACCAUUCCAACAUGGGUCAGCGCAGCCCGCCUCCACGGCAACAGGCCCCGCCCCCCGUGCCGUCACGCCUCACCGUGGCCGAGCUGAGCCGGAAUCUCCGCAACGGCGAAAGCGAACUCGGCGAGGGCGACCUCUUCGGCGGCUCAGGUUCCACCCCCGAGAUCGCUAUGGUGACGGAGGAGGAGAAUGGGGGCGGGCCCUGGGGCAUGCCAUUGGAGGCGGAGUCCCGGAAGGGGGUGGAGCCCGACGGCGAGGGGGAGGGGCCCUGCGACCAGAACGAGGCUCCGCCCCUGCCACACGCCUUUAAAGCACCCACGCCGCCCCCUCGCCACGAGGCCCCCCCUAGUCUGACCGCCAAGGACGUGCCCCCCGAGGAGAGCGGCAUGGCCUUCUACGUGGACCUCCACGGCCACGCCUCCAAGCGGGGCUGCUUCAUGUACGGGAACAGCCUAUUGGAGGAGAGCGAGCAGGUGGAGAACUUACUUUACCCAAAGCUGAUCUCCAUCAACUCGCCACACUUUGACUUCAUGGGCUGCAACUUCUCCGAGAAGAACAUGUACGCCAAAGACAAGAGGGACGGCCAGUCGAAGGAGGGAAGCGGACGAGUCGCCGUCCACAAAGCCAUCGGGGUCAUCCACAGCUACACACUGGAGUGCAACUACAACACGGGACGCUCUGUGAACACCAUUCCCCCGGCCUGCCAUGACAACGGCAGGGCCACCCCGCCCCCUCCCCCAGCCUUCCCCCCCAAAUACACGCCCGAAAUCUACGAGCAGGUGGGCAGGGCAGUUGCUGUGGCAGCACUGGACAUGGCAGAGUGUAACCCUUGGCCGCGCCUCGUUCUGUCGGAGCACAGCUGCCUGGGGAACAUGCGCGCCUGGAUGCUCAAGCACGUUCGGAACAGCCGCGGGACCAACGGUGGCUGCAAGAAGGGUGGAUCCAAACCCUCGCCCAAGGGCUUCACCACGGGUCUGACCACCUCAGCUUCGGAGAAUGCCCUUAGCCGCGUCCGUGGCAAUGGGACGGUCGCCAACGGCAGCCAGCAGAUCUCCCCCCAGCUGAAGAGCUCACCCAGCUUCACGUUCGGCUGCAGCCAGUCCCCCCGCGGCUCCGGCCCGCCGCCCAGGGCCCUGGGCCCCGUACGAGAGUCAAAAACUCAGGAGAAGAGGCGGGCCCACCAGCGCUCAAUGCGAACCGCCGCAAGCAACCCCAGCCUCCACCACCACCCGUCCCCCUCCCUUCUCCCUCUCUCCCCAUCCUCUUCCUCCUCCUCCUCUUCCUCGGCCGCCGCGGUGACGGCCAAACCCGGGUCCACGGUGGGCCUGGGUCCAGGCCCCUGCACCAUCCCCGCCUCCUUCAGCAUGGCAGGUCUGUACACCCUCCAGGCCCCCAGCCUCUCCAAGCUGCUCCCCUCCCUGCAGGCCAUGCCCAAGGCCCACCUCCUGAACCGGGCCUUCGGGAAGAAACUGAGCCCCCUGCUUCAGCAGGGCCUACCUCUACCCCUCCCCCCGCUGGCCUUCCUCAACGACGUCACCAGCUCCCUGAGCUCCGGCCAGGCGGGGAGGGCUGCCAAAGAGUGAACAAAUGAGAGAGAGAGAGAGAACGAGAGAGAGCCAGCAAACGAGAGAGAGCGAUAGAGACCAAGAGAACAAAGGAAGGUGGCCCAUGUAGUGUUCCCGACCCUUAUCAUCUCCUCCCAUACAGGACCUCUUGUGGCUGGGAUCGUUUAGAAGCGGCUUCUGUUUUAGACGUGAAUCUGCUUUUGCAGACUUGUGAAGUGGUGUUUACUCCGUGGGUCUUUUUAUACUUUCCUUCUUUAGCAGUUUGCGGUAGUUGUCUUUCGGCAGUCUGUUUGUACCCACAGAAGCGCCUCAUAGUCGUAGUGCCAAACGGAAGUCUACCGUUAUUUUAAACGCGGUUCAAGCGCGUUUUAAACCCGUGGAGGCUAGAGCGCGGAUCGCGGCGUCUGUGGAGACCAUGAAAUCGUAUUCUCUGUAACUCGCCUACUGUGGAAGUUUUUCCAGCUAUGGCUGCCGUAGGCCAACACCCCCUUUUGGGAAUUCGGAACUAUGACACUGUGGCCAGUUGGGGUAAACAUCACAUCGAUCUAUAUUAAAUCUAACCAGAGUAGUACCUAUUUAAUCUAACCUAUGAAGUACUUCCGCUCUUUCUAACUGCUGAUAUAAAAGCAGAUAUAAUGUCGCACAAGGAAGGGCGAAAUGUAACACAUGCGUACAGUUAUUGCUCAUAUUUCACAUUAUGGUGCACAUUGCGGUCUGACUAACUCUGGGCCAUAUUGUUGCUCUUCGAUUUCAAGGAAUGUGUAUUGUAAUGUGCUGCUUUCUUUAGUUUUUUUUGUUUUUGUUUUUGAUAUUUUAUUAUUUUGUAUUUUUUUUUAUUCUUUAUUUUCCAAAAGAUACUUUUGAGUUAGUGAUGUAAAAGUCCAAAUACUCAUUCCCUGACUGGAAACGACAGACGUGGAUUUGUGUAGGACGUAGUCCUUCUGGAAUGGAGAAAGUUUGUUUUAAAAUGCUCUGAAAAGCCCCUCGAUUCAGGGAAUAAUGCCUCAGAGCUGCAUGUGAUGUGAACACACAAUCCUCACCAAUUAUUUUCAUUUGAGAAUAAUUCCUUCUUUUUAUUUUUGUUGUUGUGUAUCUCCAUUCAGCAGUUUUUUUUAAAGCAGCAUAUUAACGCAUGGCUUGGACUCGGAAUGAACUAUUUUUGAAUAUAAAGGUGACCAUGUAUUACAAUUUGAUUUUACAAAUCAUACACUCUGGGCAAUCCGUAAUAACCUUAUUGAUAUAAGAUAUAGUUAUGAAAUACAUUGGUUAGGUGUUUCUUUUUUAAAUUAAUGAAUAAAACCAAUAUAAUAACGAAGCGAAACGCUCUUUGGAACCCACCAAAAAAAAACCAAAAAAAAAAACUGAACUUUGUUUUCUGCCACCUUGCACUUUAAAAAAAAAAAGAAAAAUUAAGAAAUGUUAACUAAUGUAAAUACUAGACAUGUAUGCGUUACAUGUCCCAGACACUAUUCCUAUGUUUGUCAGAAUGUAACCGUAGCCAUAGGACACAGUCGAACCACAGUUAUUCUGUGCUUUCUCCAGCAAUGUAGCAACUCCGUUUCAGAAUAUGUCAAUUUGUAUACUUUAACCAUUUAUCCGCCUGGAUAGUUUUUAAUUCCAGAGCUAUACCCGGCCGGUAUUUUGUACAGUGUUGUUGUUCAUACUUUUUUUUUUAUUAUUGUAUUUUUUAAUAAUCCCACGUGCUGGAAAUUUCUACUGUAAAAGACUAGAAUUUCACCGAGAACCCUGUGCCAUACGCAGUUUCACUGAAACAUAACACAUUUCGUCUUAUGUGAUUUUAUUUUCUCGAUGUUUUUAUUCAGGAAAGCCUUUUGUUACAGCAGUCUAGCUGAAGGGUCUGACUGAGAUUUAAUUUGUAGUUUAUGCUUGCCCGGCACGUUCAUUCUUGUGUUAAACGCAAGACGGCUAUGCACACGUUUAUUUUUCCAUUUUUAUUUGUCAUUUGUAUUAAAACGGGAAAACAGCAUUUCAGUGUGAAAACAGAAUGCCAUAUAUACUGUACUUUAUCAAAACGGUCAACCUAAGGGUGUGAUUUACGCUGUCAUAAAAUGUAUAUGCUUAAACUGUAAUGUGUUGCGCGACUAUAUGCGUUUAUGGCUGAAGUUAUAUGGGUAGUUACGGGAACGGUAGAUUUGUAGUCGCUGCAGUUUAUGGUGCCAUACAGGCUAAUAGGACACAGUUUCUUUGCGUUCCGCUUUUUCAGUUGGAACCGCAUGAAACUGAACUAAAAAAGAGAUUCAUCUUUUUUUAAAGAUUCAAGUGUGCACGCUCUCUUUAUCAGAAUAGGUGUUGAAUGAUGUAUACAUUUUUGGAUCACAAAAACGUGUUUUGGUAGAAAUUGACGCUAAAAAAAAUUGUCUGUUGACCUACUGUGCGGUGCACACCCAAGCAUCCACAGAGGACCUAGACGACAGGGCAUUCCUUGGACAGUUUGUGGUAGUGUUGGUGUACUUGGUGUAAGUGGUUGCUGGGUACUGGUGGUAAGGAUAUUUUUAAAGCACGCGCUUUGAAACCUACCUGCUGUUGGUUGUCCUAAUGUGUCUCUUGAACUGGCUACGUGUUUAUCAGAACUAUUCCACAUUAAAGAAAAGGAAAUGUGGUUUAACCGUUGUUGGAAGUUGCUCACUGUUGACGUGAUGUCACAUUGUUUGUACUAAGUGCCAUGUGUUGCCUUUUAUUCCCAGCAGUGGUAUUAUAACAAAGCUACAUGUAGAUAUCUAUUUAUAUAAAGCCUAUACAUAUAUCUUCAAUUUGAUAACUCCGUUUUAGUUUCUUCUUUGCUAUUGUAUUGUAUUUUAAGGCUCAGAUUGUGCUAUCCUUUUCUCUUGUUCCAGUAAAAAAAAUAUGUAUUUCACCUUGGAAACUGCAAAUCUGAAAGAAUCUGUGCCAUAAUCACUUUUUGCUGCUGAACGGUUAGAGAUUAUUUUGCACGAUGAAAGCAAAACCCUUGACCAGUGGCGGGUUCCACGUGGGAUUGAAGCAAGAACUCCCUCCCUCAAGAACUGGAUAAGACUGAGAGCAGUAAUCCUAUAAAGACGUUCUUGUUUUUUUAUUAAGCAUUAAUAAUUAAAACCUUUUCUAAAGCUGCAUUGUACGUCAGAAUAUUUUCACUUUAUGAAGGCACUCCUCCUUUCAGUGCAGUGAAGGCUCUUUGUGAUGUCAUAGCGAUACGCUUUUGUUGCCUAUUCCAGAUGUGGUGAUCUCAUUUCCAAAAAUGUCUGAUCUUUCUGUGUAAUAAAUGUUCCCUUUAUGACUUGAAAAA